CGAAAGGAUGUAUCAUUUGGACCCCAUUCUCAGCAAUCUCUCUCUUUCACUCCAUAUGCACUAAAGCAAAACGAUCGGAACCAAAGCAUUGUGUUAAUCGGAAACUAAGUUGAAAUAUAAAUCAUCUUUUUCACUCCUUCGUAUACACAGAUUCACCAGUCUUUCUGUGCAGAUGGCAGAAUCAUCAAAGGGAGCAUCUCCGACUGUCAAAGCAAAAGACAAAGAUUCAUUACUUGAUCUGGAUAUUGGGAAUGACUUUCUUAAGUCAUUCAAAUCAGUGUCUAUGGGAGCAGACGAUGCAAUGGAUUUCGACUUUGGGCCUAUAUCCAAAAAUAAGAAAAAGACGUUCAACUUUGACAAAGAGGAUAUGGAUUUCACUCUUGAUAAUGAUUUUGGCAAGAUAUCGUCCUUCAACAUUGACAUGUCAGAUCUUGAUAUAUCUUCCCCUUGUAAAAAGGAUCGAAAAGCAAAGGAGACAUCAAAAGAAGAAUCCACUGUUGCUGUCAACAAAAAGAAAGGAGACGGCUUCAAGUUUUCAUUUGAUUUUGGGUUGGAUAAUUUCGGGUUUGGGUCAAGUCAGGAGAGUAAUGGAAAAGCGAAGAACAACCAACAAAAGGAUUGUUUCAGUUUUGGAUCAAGUCAGGAGAGUACAGAAAAGGCGAAGUAUGACCAAGAAAAGGAAAGUUCAUCUUCGAAGAGAAGUGGUAAUGAAGGCUCUGGAAGUCAUCUGAAUAAAAACAAUGGUUCGUUAGAGGACGGGACAAUUCAGAAACACACUGCCUCAGAGGCGGGGAUAACUUCACCUGUUGAUUCUCAUAUUGACAUAGAUAAAAAUCAUGACACCACAAAACAUAGUUUACCUUCAAACCAUACCAUGAGCAGUAGUGAAACUUCAAAAUUGCAAUCUGCUAGCAAUGAAGUUUCACUUGAGAAAGCAAAAAGCUCGUUACAAGCAAAGAUAUCCACCAGCACUCAAGAAACAGUUUGCCAAGUAGAGGAGGGAACUUCUUUGAUAUCACAGAGUGAAUCAAGGAGGAAUAAUUCUUCAAGUUUACAGGAACCUGUUAAUUCUGUGGCUGCAAAUGUUAGUUUCUUAGGUGUAGGAACAGACACUAACAAAAAAGUGUUUUUGGACUCUGACACGAACUAUGAUGAGUCAGUUUUAGAAAGUUCAUCUUUGGAGGAUGUUGCAACCUCAAUGAAGAAUUCUAAUGAAAGGAGAAACUUUGACAAUGAUGAGUAUGUUUUGGAGACCAAUAAGAACAGAACAGAGACACAGUCCAACGGUGUGUCAAAUGCUACAGAAGACAAAAUGCAAGACAUGAAAGUUGAUAAUGAGAUUCAGAACCCAACUUCAGAGCUUUCUGCAUCCUCAUUAAGCAAAAUAGUAGCUGACAAUUUGACAGCAGAGACAAGAAGAGAGACUGGUGUCAUCAGGUCAAAGUUUUUUAUGCCAUCAAUUACAAAUGCUGCUCAGAUGCAGAUGGAUUCAUCAUUGACUGGGACAAAAGUUCCUGCAUUUAGUAACAAAAGAAUUGGCCCCAUACCACAGAGUCAUCCAGCUGAAAUAAUAUCUCAAGACAACAAAGAUGAUGACACUGGGAGCAAAGCUGGUUCUUCCCCCGACUCUAGACCUCUGCUAAUGGUUAACCCUCUUCAGACAGGAAGUCAGGAGGGAUACCAAGUUUUAGGGACUACUAUCAAGGGCUCCCAGUCAGAUGGUGCAAAAAAUAUAAGAACAUUGACUGGCAAAUCUGCUCCCGUGAAAAGCAAAGCAAGCAGUAAAGAUCUUCUUACUUUCAGUUCUCGGGUUAAUCCUCCGAGCAAAAAUCAACAGAUGGCUACAUCCACCCCACGCAGCAUUGCCAUUCCCAGGAACGUAGCUCCUAUUCCAACUGCAAAGAACACCCUCAAAGAAGGAGACAAAGCACUGCCAAUUAAAGCUGCCAGGAGUCUUUUAGAGACAUCUAGCCUGAAAACUUCAGCAAAACUUGGUACAAAUCCUGAGACACCUCAGACAGUGUUGCAAAAAAAUUUGAAGUACUCAAAAACUGUGAACCAGCAUGGUGGUUUUAAAGCUAUUUUACAGUCCAAAGACAAUUCCACAGAGACGCUGAAGCAAAUGCCAGUUAACUUGUCUAUGAAGAGGAAAGUACCAGAGACAAAUUCGGAUUUGAUGAUCCUACUUCCAUCAAAGCGUCUUUCGCAAUCACCCAACGGAAACAGGGGAUCCUCUGAAGGUACAGAAAGGAUAUGCAACAAACAGAUUAAUGACCAUGAGCAUUCUGGAAAUGGUAAUAAGACCAGAGAAUAUGAAAAUUCCCAAAUGUCCUUAUGCAAUGUUCCUAUGAGGAUGAACAUCAAAGAGUUAGGAAGCCCUACUGUGAGAGAAGAUGAUGACAACAUAAAGAAGGCUCAGCUUUUGUCAAAGGAUCUUGAAAAUAUAUGCAACAUGCUGAGAAAAAAGCACGAGGAGGCAAAAGAACUAUUAGUUCGAGCUGUUGUGAACAACAAUAAGCUGCUGCUGCUUAACCAUCCCAUUUAUGAAGAGAAGAUACACAAGGUUCAGAAAUUUGCUGCUGGAUUGAUGACAAGGAAUCAUCAAAUAGAAUCACAAUAAGGCAACAUAUAUAAAGGCAGAGUCUGCUGCAUGUUCCAACGCAAUUGCAAAGAAUCUUUUUUCCUUGCAUUCCUCGGGUGAAGAAGCAUUAACUUCACAAGUGUAAAAGAAGACUACUUUUGCUAAUAGCAAGUGGUUACUCUCAAUGGCAGAUCUUUGGCUGAAGGGAAAUCGAACUUCUACUAAAUUUCAAGUAUCUCAUAUAAAUUUGGCAUCUAAUAAUCUGUCCAUGUACAGGUGUUGGCAGUUUGCUUAUACUGAGAGAACCUGAAGAUAUUGAACCUCUUGUUAUACUCUCUACACCAUAAUUUUGUGCUCCUUCAUAGCUUCCCCUCUUGGCACCUUAUAAAGCAGCUGAUAUUUCUGUUUUCUAUAACUACCUAUGUUUUUCAUAUCCAAAUAUAGGUCGACAAGAUCAGAAGUAACUCUAACAGUAUGAGCGGAAAGUUGAACUUCUGUAAUGCUUGACGAAUAACAUGUUAAACAAUUGGGGAAGGAAAUAACUGUGUUUCUAGGGCGUACAUUUUAUGAAAUUACUUGAAGUGGAACCAGAGCAAUCUCUAGAAAUUAUUAUGAACUAUCGAGUAUGAUUGCUCAGUAAUUUUUUCUUAAAGUGGCCAUCUAGUCACAUUGUGGAACUCUAGGUGGGACAUUUUAUUACAGAAAUAAGUGGCAAUAGGUGAUACCAAAAAGAAGGAAUGACUUUGGGUCGUACCUUACUAAAUCAUGUUGCAGGAGAAGGAGGUUUCCGUUUGCAAACAUGAAGGAAGCAA